CUCACUUUCAAUCUUUAAAACCAGUUGUGUCCAACAACCGUAACCAAGACAAUUCUUCUUGACUUGAGCUGUGAGAAUCAACCCAAAAUCAUGACAAUGAGCUUCUUUGGAAAACUGAAGAACCUACACAGUGGACCUCCAGCUCCACCGAGAAGGACAGAUAACAAGGCAGGGUUUGGGUGGCCACAGGAUGAGUUUGAUGAUGAGGAAGGUGACAUGUACGAAGCACCUCCUUGUGAGCGUCCGGCUAUGAAAGUCCCACAGAGACAAGUGGAGGAGAAUGUUUAUCUGGAGAGGACGUCCAGUCCUGCCGUUCCACAGAGGCAGGCUGCUCCUCCACCCAGGCUGGGAAAACCCUCGAAACCUCUACAACGCGCUGAGGUUUUCUGCUACGAACCCAACACCAAGAAACCACCUGAGAUAGACAGAAACGAGAAACCUGGGAGAAACAAGAUGAUGCCUCCUCCACCGGUCCGCUCUGUUCCUGCUCCAGUCCCAGCACCCAGCACAGAGGAAGAUGUGUAUCUGGAUCCAAAUGAAGAACAGGAAGAUAAUGAUGACCUGUAUUUAGAACCAACAGCAGCUUGUGCUCCUGCCCCGCGUGGGCUGAUGAGGAUGCCUCCAUCUCCCAAGGCAGCCCUUGUACCAUCUCCCAUGCCCAUGAUGAAGCCUCCUGUUCCCAGAGCAAAGUCUAAUUCAUUCUUGCCUUCCUUGAAUGAGGUAAAAACAGCUCCUUCAGUUGAAGUGAGACGUGCCACAUUUCCCACUAAACUCCCUCCGCCAACUCCCAGUGCUAAGCCCCCUCUUCCAGCAAACUUGAAGGAAGCUAAACCCAGCCCUGCAAAUCAUCCUAUGGCAGGAACUAAGCCCGUGGCCUCCAUUGGUGGAAUGAGGGCAACCAAACAAUCUGGGAAUGAGGGCAAAGGAUGGUUUGCUGGAGACUGCAACAGAAAGACAGCUGAGGAACUCUUACAGAGGGUCAACAAGGACGGCGCCUUCCUCAUCCGACACAGUUCGGCCCAGAACGGCCGCCAGCCGUACACCCUCGCUGUGCUCUACCAGCAGAAAGUGUACAAUAUUCCCAUCCGCUUCCUGGGGGAGACACAAGGCUACGCCCUCGGAAAAGAGGGCAAGAAGAACGAAGAGAUUUUCACCACUCUCGACGAGAUGAUUUCUCACCACAGAAAUAACCAGCUGCUUCUGAUUGACAGCAAGAGCCAGUCCAAGCACACAGCGUAUUUAACCCACCCUGCACGCCCUUAAAACUACACUACUACAGCCUCUCUUAUGUUGUUUACCUCUGAGUCAAGUGGGGAUAAUUGCAUUGUUUGAAAGUUUCCGACUUGGGGAUACUGCAGGCUUACUGUGUGUCACUCAUGGAGGUAAAAUUGCAAUUUUCGUGAAGUCGGUCAUUCAGUUGAAGCACAGUUUUGUUGUUUUGUUUUGUAUGCUGUAAAUCCCACCAGCUGUUGCUCCGCGACACUCAGCAGCCAUAUGAAACGACAACAGCGUAAGCUCAGAGACCAUCAAGUUCUGCAGUUUGACAAAGGGAUUCAUCUCUGUUUUCCACCAUGGCUCAGCAUUUUUAGCAAUAAUUGCACAAGGUUACUAGUUCUCCAGUGAGAAGGAAAAUGUGUCACUGUUUCACUGCAAUAAUCCUUCAGUUUGGAUGUGUCCACCUUUGAAUGGAGAACUUGCCGUCAGCUCCCUGUAUUUUGCUGACUUUUAAAGAUACAAAUAGUUUAUUUCUGCUGUUAUCAGAUAUGAAACUGCAUCACGAGUGCUUCCCAAAUUGCAGCUAUAAUCUUCACCAUCGCUUUGAUCCUCUACUCAUUUCCAUCGUCAUGGUCGUCCAUGAUGAACCGUUGAGAUAAACAUCUGUAUGAAUCAGUAAUUCUAUUUUUAAUCAUGAAUACAGAUUUGGUGUGUACCUUUUCCCUAGUUUAGUUUUUAGUUUGAUGACUUUGAUUUUGAAUAGACUGUAUAUUACAGGUGUCUUUUUGGUGUGAUAUUGUAGAUAUUGUGCAGUAUAGAUGAUGAAGUAAAAAUGAAUCUGCUUAACAUUGUUUUUAUUUUAUUUCUUCUACCACAGUUUGUAUAUAUUUACUGUUGCUGACUAGCACCCAUCAGUUAACCUGGAUCCUAUAACUAAACCCAUAAUCUUUAUUUGGGGUUUCAUUUAGAGGAUUAAGUACAUUAUGAAAGGGUUGGUGCUUGAUGAAGUCCUGGGAGUAAACUCAAACAUCCACUCGUGUCUGACCUUAACUUGUCAUGGUUCCUGGUCAGUGCGGGUCAGUGUUGUGAGCUGAGGGUUUGUAGCUUUAAGGGAGACCCCAGGAGAC